AUGGCCCAAUUUGACGUUGCGGUUGUCGGACUUGGUGUGCUCGGUAGCGGAGCUGCGUACUAUGCGGCCAAGAAGGGCGCCAAAGUAAUCGGAUUCGAGCAGUUCGAGUUGGGCCACGUCCGUGGCGCUUCACACGAUACAUCUCGCAUCGUGCGAACGUCGAACUUUGCGCCCGAGUAUGUCAAGCUUGCCAAGUCCGCGUACGAAGACUGGGCCGAGCUAGCACGCAGCCUCGAUAGCCAGAAUGUCCCGUACGAGCUUCUCGACUCGCAAGAAGUGAAGCGGAGGUGGCCUCAAUUCGAUAUUCCCGACAACGUACAGACUGUCUUCACUGCCGAUUCCGGUAUCGCCCACGCUGCGAAGACCGUCGGCACUUUGCAGUCACUCGCCCGCUCCCAUGGUGCCAUUCUGAAGGAGAAUACACCGGUGGACAGGGUAACACCCCAAGCCGGCGGCGGUGUUGUGAUCCAGACUCCUAAAAGCCGCUUCACAGCAGGAAAGGUGAUCCUGGCCACCGACGCCUGGAUCAAUAAGCUCCUCGCCCCUCUGUCCGUGCAUAUUCCUGUCUCGGUCAUGCAGGAGCAGGUCACAUACUACAAACCGACCGAUGCUUCAGCCUACGAGGCUGACAAACUUCCUGUUUGGAUUUGGCAAGGAGAGCACUGCUUCUAUGGCUUUCCAUGCUACGGCGAGCCCACGAUCAAGGCUGGUCGUGACUUUUCCAACAAUUUUAUGACUCCCGAGCAGCGUACCUUUGUACAUUCUCCCCAACUAUUGGAGCAGCUCACAGGCUUCAUGAAGGGGUUCAUGCCCGAUGAGCACCGUCAGCCUCUGCGCACCAUCACCUGCCAGUAUACCAUCACCCCCGAUCGGCAAUUCAUUAUUAGCCCAUUAGAGAACUACCCAGAUAUCAUCGUGGGUCUGGGUGCUGCGCAUGCCUUUAAGUUUGCGCCUGCGUUUGGGCGUGCCUUGGCCGAGCUCGCGGUCGAUGGCCAGACCAAAGAGGAUGUCUCAAAAUUCGGUAUUCCCAGGGCCGCGACCAACGCUAGCAAGCUGUGA